AUGCACGAUCGCGCGACAACCCGCACUAACCGUUUUGGGACGGCCGCCUCUAAAAUUCUUGACCCAGCCAGCCCGCAGGCAGCAAUCUCCAACUUUGCAUCCCAAUUCGCAGGCGACAACGAGACCAACCCUAACGACACCAUGGCGUCCAUCGCCGCAUCUCUGCAGUCGUCGCUGCCAAAGCCGAAAUACACGGGCGAAAAUGAAGAACUCGCGUCGCACGCCAAGCAGCGCGGCCCUCGCAUAGUGGGCGCCGGGCAGAUUGACGAGACACAGGUCGUGCUGAAGCGCUCCGGCCCGCCUCCCUACGGCCAGCGCGCGGGAUGGCGUCCACGCUCACAAGAGGACUUUGGCGAUGGCGGUGCCUUUCCCGAGGUGCCGGUUGCGCAGUAUCCGCUGGACAUGGGUCGGAAGGGCUCCUCGACGAGCAACGCGCUGGCGAUCCAGGUCGACGCCGAAGGCAAAGUCAAGUAUGAUGCCAUUGCGCGUCAAGGCCAUGGCGAUGGCCGUAUAAUCCACACGUCGUUUAAGGACUUGAUUCCGCUACGACAACGCGCGGACGCAGGCGAGAUUGACCUCGCGCGGCCGGACAAGGAGGCCGUGGCGGCGACGGCCGAGCGGACGAAAAACGCACUGGCCAAACUGGUGAGCGGCGCGGUGGCGGCGCAGAAGCCAAAGAACGUCAAUGUCGGGCAGCGCGCGGAUCCAACCUUUGUGCGGUACACGCCAGCGGACCAGAUGGGCGACAACUCGAAGAAGCAGGACCGCAUCAUGAAGAUUGUCGAGAAGCAACGGGACCCGAUGGAGCCGCCAAAAUUCAAACACAAGAAGAUUCCACGCGGACCACCUUCACCACCGCCACCAGUCAUGCACUCGCCUCCCAGAAAGCUUACGGCCGAGGACCAGGAGAUGUGGCGGAUUCCCCCGCCAGUCUCCAAUUGGAAGAACCCCAAGGGUUAUACCGUGCCGCUGGACAAGCGUCUGGCUGCGGACGGCCGAGGACUACAAGACAUUACUAUCAACGACAAACACGCACAAUUCGCAGAGGCUGUCAAGAUGGCGGAGCGUCACGCGCGUGAAGAGGUGCAACAGCGUGCUAUGAUGCAGCAGCGCCUGGCGGAGAAGGAGAAGAUGCAAAAAGAGGACAAUCUGCGCGCCCUGGCCCAAAAAGCGCGCGAGGAGCGCAACACCGCCAACACCAGCCGCGGCCGCCGCAACUCGCGCGACUCGGCAGACUCGCGUGAUAGCCGAGACUCGCGGUCCCGGUCAUCCAGCUACGACUCGCGACGGUCCUCGCGCAGCCGCUCCAACAGCGAGUCGGACGGCGAGCGAGAGCGCACCAAGGCGCGCGCGGAGCGGCGCAAGGAGAACGAGCGCAAACUGCGGCAGAGCCACAUGGGCGCGGAGCGACAGAUGCAGGCCAUGGCGCGGGAGCAGAACCGCGACAUGUCGGAAAAGAUUCAGCUGGGGCUCGCCAAACCCACGCAGUCCAAGGAGACCAUGUACGACUCGCGGCUGUUCAAUCAGUCGAGCGGCUUCGACAGCGGCUUCAACGAGGACAACCACUACGACAAGCCUCUGUUUGCGGCGCAGGACGCCAUCAGCAGCAUCUACCGGCCGCGCGCCAACAUGGAGGACGACGAGGGGGACGGCGAGGCGGGGGAUCGGGAAAUGGCCAAGAUUCAGAAGUCGGGCCGCUUUGGGGACGCGCUCGGCAAGGGCACGUUCAAGGGCGCGGCAGAGGUGGAGGCGCGCGAGGGACCGGUGCAGUUUGAGAAGGAGGCGGCGGAUCCGUUCAACGUGGACAAGUUCCUGUCAGAGGUGGACAAGAAGGACAGUGGCGGCGGGAGCGGUGGGAGCGGUGGUGGGAAGAGGGGUUACGGGCUGCAGGAUGAGGAGGAUAGAGGCAAGAAGAGGGCGCGCGUGGACGAGGAUGAUGAUUAG